UUUUUUUGUUCUAUUUAGCAUUAUGAACUGUGGCAGUAUAUUGUUGCUAAUAUAUUUUAUAACAACUACGGCGUUUGCCAAAAUUGUUAUUAACAAAGUUGUUGUACGUAUACCUAAACCGAACGACAUUGGAUUAAUUUUCGAUUUAACUGUUGUAAAUUCGCCGUGUAACGAUAGAGAAACGCUUGAAUUUCGUAUACAUUCCGAUGCCACUUGUAGUGUGAAUGUAACCGAAAAUGAAAUUAUGAAAAAUGCAGGCCGUGUAGUAGGCGGAAACUUUGGGCAUAUUGUAGCAGGAGCUGCUGAAGUUGUAUCCUUGAUAUGGCCAACAAUUUCUCUGUACAAUCGUGUCGGAAAAUGUCCCAUUGUUGUUACAUCAAAAAAUGCUCGUGGUGUUGAGGAACAUCAUAAACAUGCUAUACAUUUCGACACUCGUUUUACUACGCUCGACCCCGAUUGCCAUACGCUAAGAAAACGGCCUGACUAUAAGGAUUGUAAGAAUUGGGAUAAAGAAUAUUUGAAUAACUGCACUCCUGUAAACUGUCAGGAACGUUACUUUGGACAACGCAGUUUUUAUAAUAAAACCACAGAGCAUUGCGAUCCGGUACCACGCUGUGAUAAGCCAAAUAUGCACUACGAUUAUUAUAAUAAUGAAUGUGUGAUUCCUGAGAACUUUUUUACCGAAGAAGAUAAGAAAAAGAUACUAAGUGGUGAUUUCAGAAACGAAUGCGAAGAAGAAGAGCAAGAAAUGAAACAAAAAGAGAAAAAAGGCAAAAAGAAAAAACAAUCGGCCAAAUAUCAAAAAGAGCAACAGCAGCAACAACAACAACCACAGCAUGGAAGCGCUAAACGCGAAGCUGAUAUUUUUGAUGAAGAAUUCAAUUUUUUCCCCCAGUCAAACUUUUUCGAUCCAGAUAAUAGCGCUAAAAAUCCACAGCCAACGGUCGGCGUAAAAACCGAUAACGGUUAUAUACCGUACUGGUUGAAGGGCAUAUUGGAGGGCUUGGUGGUAGUUGGUGCUAUAAUCAUUUUGCAGGUUCUCGCAACAGUAGCUAUUUAUGUGCUAAUCUGUUUUGUGAUAUUCCUUAUUGUCACAUGGAUAUCACGUAGACAAAUGAAAUGUCACAGAGAAACAACGAGCGUAUUGCGGUCGCCAGCGCCUUCGGAAGGUACAGAAGAGCCAUUGAUAACACCGUCCAGCUUGUUGUCUCAACGUAACUAAGCCUUUUUUCGACAAUUUCAACAAUUUUGACCAAACGUUAUAUGUUAUUGCCGCGAGUUCAUAUAUGGUUAGAUUUAACUGUUUUUAGCCCGAAAUACUUAUUUAAAAUAUCAAAAUUUAAACUGCUAUCAAGAAACCGGAGACAUAUGUAUGUAGUUAUGAUUACAAUGUUAUAUUUGAUUAUAUGUAUUGAGGUUUACGUUAUUGUUUCCGAAUUUUUGUUUACAUUGAGAAUACUUUACUUUGUAUACGCAAUUUUGAUAAAACUCUUAUAAGCUUUCAUAAACAUUUAUUCCAAUUACAAAAUGGUAAUUUUAUAAUUCUACUCCAGCAUAAUACUAGUGCUUAGAUUAUUGAAGCAGGUCGAAUUUCUAUUGACGUCCGGUCAAAUUUGUGCAUGUAGCGUUCGCUCUUCAAGCCUUGAACGACCAGAUUGUCAACUUUUCAACUUGGUAUGUAACAGUGACGGAUUCACCGUUAUUGUUAAGAUGUCGAUAUACUUAUGAUUUGGAAAAACCGACAUAUACAUUUGUUUUGGUCAGAUGCCAGCGCAGAGAUUGUGGAACUGAAAACCAAAACCAAAGAAAAAUUUGAAUGUGAAAUAAGCUAUGACGAGUUAACAAUGGAAAGAACCAAUAUUGAGUUUUGCACCUGUAUUAUGCUCUCUUCUAUUAUGAUUUUUUCUGAAGCUACCCUUCUCUACAUUCUACGUUCAUAUACUUGUUUGCUAUAAAUAUUCAAAAAUACGCAUACA